AUGUAUUUGUUAAACUUGAUAUUGUUGUCCACCUUUAUUAUCGCCCUCUCAGCCUCCACGUUCAAGUGCGCUGAUGGAAGUUGUGUGUGUGAUACGGACCAAGAGGUUGUGAGUUGUCACAAUAAUGCCUCUAGAACUGAAUUGCCCAUGCCAGAAAAGCGCCUUAGGGGUUUCGUGGCCAUCGGAAUUACUCGAAAUGAUCUGAAGACUUUGCCGCCAGAAGAAGAGAUUCUUCAGAAGUACCCAGACUUACUAGUGAGUUUUUUGUUACUUAGGUUAUACAGCUAUGUUUGCAGCUUAGUAAGAUAUGUGAGUUAUUAUUGGCAUUAUAGGGUAUUGAUGUAUGUGGCAACAAGAACUUUGACACUUCUAUUAUCCCAAACUACAAUAAGAUACACAUCUUGGCUUGUGAAGGAGAUGAAGAAAAGACUUACGUGGACGAAACUACUGUACCUACUGUAAGCUCCAUUUAACUUUUACAGAACAAAGCUAUAAUAUCUAAAUUAAAGUUUGGUAAUCUUUUUUAUUGUAAAAAAUUAGCUCUCUUUUUGUUUUAAUUACUAAGUCAAAAGCUUCGUUACUACUGAUUUGUACUUUAGGAUGACUGUGAUAUACAAUGUGUAGCCAUGCAGAAGGUCGAGAGUGCCAAGAAGUACCUCAAACAUUUGUACCAGCUCUUGUUGAAGAAGGUGGAAGAAGUUAAGGACACAGAGUUCUUUAAGGAAGUUUCUCGAACGGCUUCGUCGGUCGGCCGCGAUUUUAUGGAAUUCUUGAGAAAUCACACUUAA